GUUAGUCACGUGAUCCAUCCGAAUCGGCCAACAAUGACCACCAUGAUCGAUCCUCGGUCAGGGCUUGGAGCUGACCCUGUGCUUUUGUUAUUCGGGCCUCAAGCAUUGAAAUUCGAUGCCGAGUCUUUCAAAAAACUUUGUAUUCGGGAGAGGCCCCAUUAUCAAUGGGUUUUGGAGACAGUAACUGCGCUCUCCUCUGAAUGGAACGAUAUCUCCAAGGCCAACCCCAGUUUGCAACAUUACAAUGGCAUGGAAAAGCUAGAGCAAUUGAAGGCAUGGGUAUCCAGAGGCGAAAUCUCGAAACAUCACUCUUCCUUUCCCUUGCCGAACAUCCUUCUCUCCCCCUUGGUUGUCAUCACGCAAUUGAUUCAAUAUUGGGACUUCCUAAUCGUUGCUUUGCCAGACUUGAAGGAUGCCGAUGAGCUACUUACGUCAAUCACGACAAAUGCGGAAACGCUGGGCCUAUGUACUGGCAUGCUGAGCGCCUUUGCCGUGGCUUGCUCUUCGAGCAUCAAGGAGCUCCAACAGUAUGGCGCGGUGGCUGUGAGGCUGGCAAUGCUUACAGGCGCCUUUGUAGAUGCAAAAGAGGAAUUAGUUGGACUUGGAGAGGCUGCAGUAUCAUUCUCGCUGUCUUUGAACCCCACGGAUUCAGGCAUUGCCUUGAAAGAAGCGUUGCGCCAAUUUCCCGAAGCCUAUAUUUCUCUUCUGACUGAUGAGAAACGGAUGACAAUAACUACCUCGGAACAAACAGCUUCAAGUCUUAUCCCGCAGUUAAAACUGGCUGGUAUUCAAGCUACAAAACUGGUACUUCGCGGAAGAUUUCAUUGGGCAAAACACCAAGAAGAUAUUGAAUCUCUCAUUCAGAGCUGUACCCCGAAAUUUCAGUUGCCUGAUGCUUCAAAGAUGGCACUUCCUAGCCGGUCCAAUACCGGUGGGAAGUACCUUAUGGCCGGCAAGCUCCAUGAGAUAGCGUUACGAUCAAUCCUUGUGGAACAGUCUCAAUGGUAUAAGACAUUCAGCGUUGCUUAUUCGUCUCACUUGCUCUCAAGUAAUGCUUCCUGCAUCUGUUUUGGAACAGAGAGCUGCGUACCUCCCACGAUUGCGCGACAACUUGGCUCCCGGUUAAUCCAAGUCGGAGGCAUUGACUUAUCGACCUCGCAGCUACCUGGAGAGCUUCUGGGUACGCACCGGACGAAUGCUUUUGCAAAUAUACCAGACGAGCGGGUUGCGGUGGUUGGCAUGGCAUGUCAACUACCAGGUGCAGAAGAUCUUGAAGAGUACUGGAAGAUUUUGAGCAGUGGAAAAUCUCAACAUACAGAGAUUCCACAAGAACGAUUUAGCAUGGAAACAGCCUGGAGGGAAGCCGAUUCAGAACGUAAGUGGUUCGGCAACUUUGUCGAGAAUUACAAUACAUUCGACCACAAAUUUUUCAAGAAGAGCCCCCGCGAGAUGGCAUCCACAGAUCCUCAACAUCGCUUAAUGUUGCAGAUUGCCUACCAGACAGUCGAGCAAUCUGGAUACUUUGGAAGCCUUAAUGCUGAUAAGCAUAUUGGAUGCUUUCUAGGAGUCGGCAAUGUUGAUUAUGAAGCAAAUGUCGCUUGCUAUCCUGCCACUGCGUAUUCCGCCACAGGCAAUUUGAAGAGUUUUGUGGCAGGCAAAAUCAGCCAUUAUUUCGGCUGGACUGGCCCAAGUUUGACAAUUGAUACAGCUUGCUCUUCAUCUAGCGUAUCAAUUCACUAUGCAUGCCGCUCUAUUCUUAGUGGCGAAUGUAACUCUGCACUUGCGGGGGGUAUCAACAUUAUCACAAGCCCCAAUUGGUAUCACAACCUAUCUGGAGCAUCUUUCUUAAGCCCCACCGGACAAUGCAAGCCAUUUGAUGCCAAAGGCGAUGGAUAUUGCAGAGGCGAAGGUGUCGGCGCUGUCUUGCUCAAGAAGCUUUCCUCUGCCGUUGCUGAUGGCGACCAGGUGCUUGGGGUAAUUUCCAGCACUGGAGUUUAUCAGAAUGGGAACGAUACUGCAAUCACAGUUCCCAUUUCGGAUUCGUUAUCUGAUCUUUUCUUACAUGUUCUACAUAAAGCCAAGCUUGAGCCUAAGGAUAUCUCAGUCGUCGAGGCUCAUGGUACUGGGACGCCAGUUGGUGACCCGGCAGAAUAUAAGGGUAUCCAAAGAGUCUUUGGUGGGCCUGACAGUUCUCACAAGGUCUCCUUGACUUCUGUAAAAGGCCUCAUCGGUCAUACUGAGUGUGCCUCCGGUGUCGCAUCAUUGCUCAAAGUAAUCCUCAUGGUUCAAGAAGGGUUUAUCCCUCCACAAGCAAGUUUCACUUCAGUAAAUCCCAAUCUCGGCCUUACUCCAGAUGACAAAAUUGAGAUCUCGGCACAACUCAAGCCAUGGGAAGUUGAAUUCCGAGCCGCUCUGAUCAACAACUACGGCGCUUCUGGCUCGAAUGCCUCCAUGGUCGUCACUCAAGCGCCCAAGCUUAUAUCUCAGAUUCCUUCCAAGCUACCAUCAAACAGAACUUACCCAUUCUGGUUUUGUGGAAACGAUGAGCAUAGCCUUCGAGCAUAUAUCACAAAGCUACUCGGUUUCUUGAGAAGUCAAGGCACGCCAGGGAAGGAUUUGAGCACAAGCAACUUGUCUUUUCAGGUCUCUCGCCAAUCCAAUCGUUCACUUGACUGGGCUUUGAUAUUCAAUUGCAACUCUUCCUCUGAAUUACAGGAUAAGCUUGCGGCUCACCUGAAAGGCGAGAAGAGCAUCACGGCCAUCCGGACGCCGUCCACCAGGCCGGUCAUUCUCUGCUUCGGCGGUCAGGUUUCGACCUAUGUUGGUUUAAAUCAAGAGAUCUAUGACACUAUUCCACUGCUGAGAAGAUAUUUGGACCAGUGCGACGCCAUAUUUAUCUCUAUGGACCUGGGCAGUAUUUACCCUGAUAUCUUCCAAAAGUCACCUGUCCAAGACAUCGUGAAGCUUCACAGUAUCCUUUUCGCCCUCCAAUAUUCCACUGCAAAAUGCUGGAUAGACUGUGGAAUCAAAGUAGCCGCGGCCAUUGGCCACAGUUUUGGGGAGUUGACUGCUUUGUGUGUCUCGAACGCGCUACCCCUAAAGCAUGCGAUCGAAAUGAUUACCGGUAGAGCACACCUCAUUCAACAAAAAUGGACUGCCGAAAGAGGAUGUAUGAUGGCUGUUGAGGCAGAUGCUGCCAAUGUAAAUGCCUUGUUGGCUAAGUCUAAGAAUGUCGCAAUCGCUUGUUACAAUGGCCCCAGGAGCUUUACCUUGGCCGGUACAGGGAAAGCCAUUGAUUCGCUCGAAGAAAUGGCCAAAUCCGACCCUACAUUUUCUGGCGUUAAGCUGAAGAAGCUCAAUGUUACCAACGCUUUCCAUUGUCACCUUGUCGAUCCUCUGAUGGAAGAUCUGGAAAAAUUUGGCAUGAAACUAGUGUUUAGAGAACCUGAUUUUCCACUUGAAACAGCGACCGAAUACGAGUUUACUGAUAAACGUGAUGAGAAAUUUGUAGCUCGUCACCUGCGGAGUCCUGUCUUCUUUCAUCAUGCCGUUCAGAGAAUAGCCAAAAAACAUCCGGAUGCCACUUGGCUGGAAGCUGGUUCCAACUCGACUGUAACAACCAUGGCAAGUCGCGCUCUUGGAUCAUCAGGGGCAAGCUCGUCUCAUUUUCAACCAAUCAACAUUACAAGCGACAACUCCUUCAAUUUCCUCGCUGAAGCGACUUCGAGGCUAUGGAAGGAAGGCCUACGUGUCCUUUUCUGGGCACAUCAUCCUGUCCAGGCAUCCUCAUACACACCGGUCAUACUGCCUCCUUAUCAAUUUGAGAAAUCAAAACACUGGAUGGAUCUGAAGAAAGCACCAAAACUGGAACCUCUGGUCGUAAAAACUCAGACGAAAGAGCUGCCAAAGGGUCUCACGACCUUUGUAGGAUACCAAGAUGAGGCGAACCACUCGGCUCUCUUUCAAGUCAACACCAAGACUGAAAGAUUUGCUCGACUUGUUUCGGGCCACGUUAUGGCUAGUGUAGCCGCUGUGUGCCCUGGCAUAUUCCAAAUGGAACUAGCUUUGGAUGCUUUGAUGAGUCUUCGACCUGAGUUUGCAAAUUUGAGCUUCCGGCCAGAGCUACAACGCAUGCAGCACUACCAUCCACUCGUGCCUGAUGAUUCAAAGCUUGUAUGGAUUGAAGCUAUAUCCCAGGACCCCCAACAUCUCGUCUGGGACUGGAAAAUUGUCGCCACCAAGAAGAUAGGUUCUGCUUCGACGCAGCAUACUUCGGGGGCAUUUGCGUUUCGGCCGGCCAACGAUACUCAACUCCAAGCCGAACUGGAAGGAUAUGAACGCUGGGUCAGCAGGAAGCGGUGUAUACGUCUUCUGGAACGCCGUGAUGCUGAUGACGUCCUCCAAGGCCGUAAUAUCUACCGAGGAUUCUCGCAAAUCAUCGACUACAAGGAACUUUACCGCCAUGUGAACAUCAUUGUUGGCAAAGACGACGAAUCAGCAGGCCGUGUUACCAAGACUCACAUUGCAGAACCCUGGCUUGACUCCAUCCUGACCGACUGUUUUUGCCAAGUUGCAGGUAUUUUUGUGAAUCUCAUGACAGACAGAUCUGAUAUGACCGAGGGAGGCAUUUUUGUUUGCGAUGGGAUUGGCCGCUGGUUUCGCUCUCCCAAGAUGGGCCCAGAUACGCAACUGGACCAUUGGGAAGUCUUUGCUCUGCAUCAUCCUGAAUCAGAGAAAAAGUAUAUCAGCGAUGUGUUCGUGUUCGACCCCCGCGAUGGUUCCUUGGUCGAAGUGAUAUUGCGAAUAAGCUACCAAUGGGUCGCCGUGGACGGAAUUCGCAAAGCGUUGUCGGCGCCUGCCCCAUCUGGACAUCACCUCCCCACAGUCACUCCCGCCCCAUCCCAGACCUCUACACCCGCACCAACUUUGGCGCCGGCGUUGGUUAAUGGAUGGAAACCACAAGAGAAGAAGAAGAAGAAGGAGAAGAAAGUGGCCGUCAAGCAGCAAAGGCCAGACGUCAUUGGCAAGACCCGUGAGAUUAUAUGUAAUCUUUCGGGAUUGGAGCCUGACGAAGUCAAGGACAACUCUGAUCUGAUUGAGCUUGGAAUCGAUUCUCUUAUGAGCAUGGAACUCACGCGAGAGGUUAAUGCUGCAUUCCAAUGUUUACUAGACACUGCGCAGCUUAUGGAUUUGACUGACUUUCAAAGUCUCGUCAUAUGCAUCCAGACGAUGCUGGGCCUUGAUUCUCAAGAAUUGGGCAACAUAUCAGAGGCGCACGAUACGGCAAGUGGAGAGUCGGGAGAAGAGACUGCAACGAAUGGGACAAUGAAUAGAAAGAUUAAUGGAGUGAACAGCGUUGUGAAAGGCUCCGCGCUCUCUGCAUCGAUAGUCUUGGAUGCCUUCCAGAAAGCAUCAAAAGCCACAGAUGAAUUCAUCGUCAAUGGACAUUUGGGAACCUACUAUAACGAGAUCAUGCCCAAAUCGACCGAGCUCUGUGUUAUCUAUAUCCUGGAUGCCUUCGAAGUCCUUGGAGUGAAUAUACGGGCUACCGCACCAGGUCAUAAGAUCGAGCGUGUUCCAUAUCUCCCUAAACACCAGCAGCUUAUGAACUUAAUAUAUGAUCUACUCUGUAAGGAUGCUCGUUUGAUUGAUAUCAAUGGCUCUGAGAUCAUACGGACAGCUGUUGCGCCCCCAACCAAGUCGGCAGAUGCGUUAUUAGGAGAGUUGCUUCGCAACGCACCGGUUCAUGCCGCCGAACACAAACUCACAAAAUUGACGGGAGAAAGAUUUGCUGAUUGCAUCACCGGCAAAGCCGAUGGGCUUCAAUUGAUCUUCGGGACUCCCGAAGGACGAGAGAUUGCAACUGAUCUGUACGCCAAAUCUCCAAUUAACGGAAUCUGGAUCCAACAAGCCGAGUACUUCCUCGAAACUCUUGUGGCUGGGCUGCCGAAGGAUGGAGAACCUCUUUGUAUUCUAGAGAUGGGGGCUGGAACUGGAGGAACAACAAUUAAAAUGGUCCAACUGUUAGCACGCUUGGGUAUCCCUGUCAAAUAUACCAUAACCGAUCUUUCUUCAUCCCUGGUUGUGGCAGCUCGCAAGAGAUUCAAACAAUACAAGUUCCUAGAAUUUAAGGUCCUCGAUAUCGAAGCUGCACCCGAUUCGAGUCUAUUGCACAGCCAGCACAUCGUACUUGCCACCAACUGUGUUCACGCGACUCGCAAUUUGACAAUAUCGACGACGAACAUACACAAGAUUUUGCGACCAGACGGGUUUCUUCUGUUAAUAGAGAUGACGGAGCAAGUGCCUUGGGUCGAUUUCAUAUUUGGUUUAUUGGAGGGCUGGUGGUUAUUUAAUGAUGGUCGGCAGCAUGCUUUGCAACCCCCCACGUACUGGGAGAAGAUAUUGUCAUCAGUUGGCUUUGGUCAUAUUGAUUGGACUCGAGGGAACCGGCCUGAAGCGAAUAUUCAGCGCCUGAUCAUUGCUUUAGCCGAUGGAUCCAGGUAUGAUCCUGUGCCAAAGCCACAUCCUCCAACUGCGCAGAUGGUGUUAACAAAGAAUACAGUUCGUCAAACGGCCAUUGAUGUAUAUGCCUACGAAUAUUCGAAAGAAUUCUUCUUUGAGCCUCGAAACUUGAUCUCGUAUCCUGUUCAUCCGUCCAACGAGAAGUAUUGCGUCCUUGUCACUGGUACCACUGGAAGCUUAGGCUCUCAUAUCGUAGCGUACUUCGCACAGCUACCUGAAGUGGAGACAGUGGUUUGUCUCAAUCGAUUGAGCAUGGUAGAUGCCACUCUCCGCCAGCAGCAAUCUUUUGCUCUGAGAGGCAUCUCACUCGAUAAAAUUUCAAUGUCCAAGUUGAGAGUUAUUGAGACAGAUACUGCUAAAUCGAUGCUGGGGUUGCCGAAGAGUACAUUCCAAUAUCUUACAGAUAAUGUUACGCAUAUCGUCCACAAUGCUUGGCCCAUGAGCCUUACACGUACAGUCAGUGCUUAUGAGUCCCAAUUCAAGGUGAUGCGGAAUCUUAUUGCACUAUCGAGUGAAGCCACAAGUCAGCGUCCCGCACCUUUCAAACUCGGCUUCCAGUUCAUCUCAUCAAUCGGUGUUAUCGGAUACUACCCUCUCUGGACCGGCAAAGUACUUGCUCCUGAAGAGUCUAUGCCAGUUGACUCAGUUUUACCGGUAGGGUAUGCUGACGCAAAAUUGGUCUGCGAACGAAUGCUAGACGAGACAUUGCAUCGCUACCCAGAACACUUCCGACCCAUGGCUGUGCGGAUUGCGCAGAUUGCAGGCUCGACGAUCAACGGAUAUUGGAAUCCAGUGGAACACUUUGCAUCUUUCUUGAAGUCUUCCCAAACGCUCAAUAUUCUUCCAGAUUUGAAGGGUACUCUAUCAUGGUGUACUGUUCAAGAUGUCGCUGCCACACUAGGCGAACUUCUCAUUUCUAAUACUCCGCCAUACCCGAUCUACCACAUCGAAAAUCCUUCGAGACAACCUUGGCCAGAUAUGAUUAUGGUGCUAGCCAAUGAGCUUGGUAUUCCCAGCAAUAACAUCGUCCCGUUCGAUGAAUGGUUGAGCCGAGUACGUCGUUUCCCUGGCUCUACCAACGACAACCCCGCAGGACAACUGGUUGAGUUCUUCGAUAAACAUUUCGUUCGAAUGUCAUGCGGUGGCCUAAUAUUAGAUACGGUUAAGAGUCAGGAACAUUCGAAGACCAUCCGGAGCACAGGGCCUGUGAGCAUAGAUCUUGUUAGGAAGUACAUUUUAUCGUGGAAGAGUUCAGGGUUUUUGAGUUGAUACGAAUAUUAGAAUCUAGUAGCUACAGGUUGGUUAUGUUGCAUAUAUUAUAAACACCAAGAUUUGGAAGAACAAUUGUGAGAGGGGGAAGUGAGAGCAAUGAUUUUUGAACAGCACUCUCUUUCCCUUCCUUUCAAUGGCCCAAUUGUGCAGGCAUAGAACAUAAUUUUAUCGAGUUAAAGAUGUUGACUGGGAUCUGGAUGCAACUUUCACUUGAUCAACUGUAUAGACGGCAUGAAUCAUUCCAUUGCAUAGCCACAGUCCGCUGCAAGUCUUUAGGGUGCGUUCGGUUCGUUUUUCUAUUUAUUUGGAGAAAUUUGUAAUGUUGUUAAAUGGCAAGGGUAUUCAGGCUAAUAUAUUUGAGUAAUAUUUUGAUAAUUGAAAUAUAUUGAAAUAUAUUUGAAUGAUGUUAGAAAAUAACAAGGGUAAAUAAUAAUA